AUGAGGUCGAAGGUAUACUGUCACACCGAGAUUCACGUUGCAAACACAAACACGCUGGAGCCGGACCACGCUGCGCGAGAGUUCAGGCAAGGCGUCAGGCAUGGCAAGGCUGACAGCUCACUGUCACAGGCCGGCAUGCGGAGGAGAUCCCCCGUGAAUGAGCGAAUCCCGCAGACCAGUUCGCGCAGGAACAGGCUGCAGGAGCCGCUGGCGAUCCUCUCGCGGACGUCACCGGUUGGGGACUCACUCACUCACUCACUCACCACUCAGGCCCCAGGGAUUUCGAUCCCUGGCACAAGGCACCUGACCACCUAG